AGUUCUAUCUGUGGUAUUGUCUGUCAAUUGUUCAUUUAGUUCACGAUUUACAGUUGUAUUUUUUUUAUUAUUGAACUAGUUUUCGCAAAUAAUAUUAUAAUUUUUAAGGAGAAAAGUAGAAUAAAAAAAAUGCCAACAAUAUCUGUAAAACGCGAUUUGCUUUUCGAAGCUCUCGGCAGAACUUACACUGAUGACGAGUUCCAGGAUUUGUGUUUCGAAUUCGGUCUAGAGUUAGAUGAAGUUACAACUGAAAAGCAGAUGCUGAUUAAAGAACAGGGAGAUCAGGCAGGCACAGGUGUUUCAGAAGAAAUACUUUAUAGAAUUGACAUACCUGCCAAUCGCUAUGAUUUACUAUGUCUAGAGGGUCUAGUUGAAGGUAUAUUGGUCUUCCAGAAUAAGAAGGGUCCAGCUCAAUACAAGCUUAAGAAAUAUGAAGACUGCUACUCAUUACACCUGACUCCUGCUACUGCACAGAUCAGGCCUUAUGCUGUAGCUGCUGUCCUUAAGGGCAUUACCUUCACAAAAGACUCAUAUGACAGUUUCAUAGAUUUACAGGACAAACUGCAUCAAAACAUUUGCAGGAAGAGAACAUUAGUAGCUAUUGGUACACACGAUUUGGACACCAUUAAAGGACCCUUUGUUUAUGACGCCCUGCCACCAAAUCAAAUCAAAUUCCAAGCAUUAAACCAAAAGAAAGAAAUGACGGCACCAGAACUUAUGGAAUUAUAUUCGACCCAUGCGCAAUUAAAACAAUAUUUGGGAAUUAUAAGGGAUAGCCCAGUUUAUCCUAUAAUUAAGGAUAAAGACGGCAUAGUAUUGUCAAUGCCGCCUAUCAUCAAUGGAGACCAUUCCAAAAUUACAUUGAACACCAAGAAUGUCUUCAUAGAAUGCACGGCCACUGAUCUAACUAAGGCUAUCGUAGUACUAGAUACACUGGUGUGUAUGUUCUCCAAAUAUUGCACCAACCAGUACGAGGUGCAGCAGUGUAAGGUAUACGGCCCAGACGGUACCUACGAACUAUACCCAAAACUAGAAUAUAGAGAGGAAUUAAUAAAUGUCGAUAAAGCAAAUAAUUAUAUUGGAAUCACUGCGGAAGGCGACGAGUUGGCAGAACUGCUAUCGCGCAUGUGCCUCCCUACGCAGCUGGCGGAGUCUGUGCUGCAGGUGCAGGUUCCACCCACGAGGCAUGACAUCAUACAUGCCUGCGAUCUCUAUGAAGACAUUGCUAUCGCUUACGGCUACAAUCGUAUACCCCGGCGCCCGACGCUGGUGGUGACGGAGGGCUCUCAAACCCCACUUAGCAAGCUGACCGAGCAACUGCGGAUCGAAUGCGCACAUGCUGGGUACACGGAAGCGCUUACAUUCACACUGUGCUCACGAGAUGAUGUAUCAACGAAACUGGGGUUGAAGAUCGAGGAUGUACCAGCUGCUCAUAUCUCCAACCCUAAGACACUGGAGUUCCAAGUAGUGCGAACUGUCUUGUUGCCCGGUCUACUGAAAACACUAGCAUCCAACAAGAAAAUGCCCCUGCCAUUAAAACUGUUCGAGAUAAGUGACGUGGUGCUGCUUGAUAAGACUGCCGAAACGGGGGCACGCAACUGUCGGCGUGUUUGCGCGGUACACUGCGGUCGGGCGGCCGGGUUCCAGUUCGUGCACGGUCUUCUCGAUCGCCUCAUGUUGCUGCUACGUUGCAACUGGCGGUCUACUGGCCCACACGGAUACUCACUGCGGCAGACCGACGAUCCCGCCUAUUUCCCCGGACGUUGUGCAGAAGUCGUAAUGGGCGGAGAAGUUAUUGGAAAAAUAGGAGUGAUCCAUCCAAACGUGCUGGCGGCCUUCGACCUAACCAACCCCUGUUCAGCAGUCGAAAUAAAUAUAGAGCCAUUCCUAUAAAGUGUAUAAGAGCUAAUAAUAAAAAUAUUUAUUUAUUUUCACAUUUUAUAUAGGCGUACGAGUAACUCGUAUCUUAAGACACAA